AUGAGCGACGCCGUGGCUAUGGAGGUAGCCCCCGCGACAGCAGAGCCAAGUACUACUCCAGUGGUAGCGUUGCCGCAACCAGGAGUACCUGCCGCGGCUGUUCCCGCGCCGGUUCCACCCUCAAACCAAAACAGCAGUGACAUCAGCGGGAGCGCGGGUGCUGCUGGUGCUCCUCCUCCCGCACCAGCCCCCCAUCCGGCAGCCUCCGCAGGCAAAUCGGAGGAUGACUCCAACGUCUCGUGGAACGACAUCAAGAGCGUGCAGAACCUGAUCGAGCGUUGCUUGCAGAAGUUCAUGACCCAGACGGAGAUCAUCGCGGCUCUUCAGGUCGAAGCAAAUGUGGACCCCUCUUUUACGUGCCUCGUCUGGCAAAAGCUCGAGCAACAGAACCCGGAGUUUUUUUUUUCGUACCACGCGCGGCUGAAGAUGCGGGAUCAGAUUGUAGCCUUUAACUACCUAGUGGACCAGCAGGUGUACCUCAUCAGAGUCACUUCCACGGGGAUGAUGCCCCCGGGCAUGCCUCCAGGGAUGCCGCCAGGUCUGCCCCCCGGGAUGCCUCCCAGUUUACAGCCCGGGAUGGUUCCCCACCACCCCCUGGCGCAGCAUCCGGGGUUCCCUCAAGGGAUUCCGCAGGCGGUGCCGGCACCGGGGGGUAUGCCAGGGGCUAUGCCAGGGCCUCCCGGAGCACCGGCUUUCCAGCAUCAACGACAGGAACCGCUGCCACCGCCACCGCCUCAAAUGCCGGUGCCCCCUGCGGCGUCGGCACCAGUCCCGGUGUCGAGUGCAGAAGCCAGCAGGAAUACUGCCACUGCUGCUGUUCCAGCGGGGGGCAGUGGGGCGGCCGGCUGCGGUGUGCAGUAUCCCCUGCCUGAACCGGCACAGGAGAAGAGGCCGCGGUGGCAGGGGCAGGGGCAGGGGCAGGGGCAGGGGCAGGGGCAGCGAACGUGGGCGGGGUUGUGCCACCGCCAGAGGCAUGCGUCGUAACGGCCCCUGGUUCUUCUCCCGCCCCUCUCGCUGAUGCUGAUGCUGGUGCAGCCGUUAGUGCCGCUGCUGCCGUUGCCGGUGCUACCGUUAGUGAGCCCGGUCCUGGCCCUGCUGCUGCCGCUAGCAAACCCGCUGCAGGCUCUGCCGCUGGCGUUGCCGAACCGCGGCUACCUGCGCAGCCGGAAACGAUAGCGGCACCGCAAGACAACGCAAUCACAGCAACAGCGGCGAUGGAGGCGGCGGCGACGGCGGCAGUUGAGGCAGGGGCUGCGGCGGCGGUGGCCGGGUUCGAGCCGCUGAGCGGAGAGGGCUUGGGGCUCGGAGCAGGUAUCCCACAAGGGACGACGGAAGAGACUGGUCGGAUGGAUGCAGGAGGCGCGAUGGACCCCGCAUCGUCAGCUGCUGCUACCGCUGCCAUGGCUGCCGCUGGUCCUGCCCCUGCAUCACAGGGCGCCUCCGCUCAUCCGACCGCGGAUAUUGGGGCUGCGGCAGCUCCGGGUGCUGAGGCGAUGGACGUCGAUGUCCACAUCGGCAACGAGGUUAUAAAGCCUUGAGCAUGUUCAUGAUGAUACAAUGGUGGGGCCGUUUUUUUGCGGCGCCUGGUAGUGUCGGCAGGGAGUGUGGUCACUUUCAGGGCAUGUGUCGCUAAACAAGGGGGUCGCUAAAACGUGCCUGCCACUGUAAAUAUGUAUUCUACCGUUCUUUGCGGCGGCAGCGCGAGAAAGUUUGGCACUAAAUAACGGCCAAUACGGCGAUGUUGUAGGUGGAAAAUUCUCGAUGCUAUGUAGGCUCGAAUAUAGAGGAAGCGGGAUGGUCGGGUGACGAAAGGGGGGACGUUUGCAGUUAUUUCAAGUUUCACGUAUCUAUGUAUGGUCAGUUUGGUGACCGUCGACGACGAUAACGACGACUUGAUACGGUACGACGGCGAUGCUUGUACAUAGUUAAAUCGGGAGGGUCUGAGAAUUUUGCCUCAGGUACCUUGUGUCAGCAGUUUUAGGACGCGUUCUUUGGAUCGGUUAGGCUUUUUUGCAUUUGUAGGAAAUAGACACUUGGCGUCGCAAGGUGUUCAACCUAGACGGCGGAUUGCCCACGUGGCAACGCCAACAACAAAGAAACCUCGAUGAUGCUACUUU